UAACAAAGCAAUGGAAAGUUUAUGUAAUUAUGCUAGUGAUGAUGACAGUAGCCCUAGCCCUAAACGGAACACUUCACGUAAAAUUGAAAAUACAAAUGGAAAUGAAAUUGAUGCAAAUUAUGAGCAAAUUACAAUGGAAUUGAGUGAGAUUUUAUUAAAGAAAUCAACUAUUCAAUUUGUUUACAUGAGUGAUCCAAGUUAAAACCAUAUGUCCAAGACUUAAGGUGGGUAAAACAUAUUUAGAAUUAGGCUAGUAAAGAACAUAAUAUUCUCUUAUACCUAAUUAAAAAAAUAAAAUUCCGGUUCUAACCAAUAUUAACACGACAUUGUUCUGAAAUUAUAUAUAAAAUAGUCCACGAGUAGUCAAUCGACUGUGGGAGCCUCUUGUCUUUGCGCCGCACGAAGAAGAAAUUGAUUGCGGCUGAUUAUCAAUUCUGUACAAUAUUCACAAUGGUGAGUAAUUAUGAAAAACAACAGGUAAACCCUUUCCCGCUAGAAGUCAAAUCUCUUCAAACUGGCAUUCAGAAGCAAGAGUCAAAUCAUAGUUCUAACAAAUCUCUCUUCAAAAAUCAGAACUCUCCUUCUAGUUCUGCAUCGUCCAACACAGCGUCACCAUCACCAAAAACAUAUCCUCACAAAAAAUAUGAGAAUCUUAAAGAUGUAAAGUCAAGUAGCUCUGAUGAAGAAAAAUUAAAAAAUUAUAGUCGUCAUAGAAGGGAUAAAUCAAAAGAUCGUCACAGUAAAAAAAAGUUUCGACGGUCACGAAGUCGAAGCAGUGGAAAAAAACGAUCACGGCGAUCUCGGAGUCAUAGUCGUAGUAAAAAACGUUCAUAUCGGUCUCGCAGUCGUAGUAAAAAUUCAAGAACAAGCAGUCGAAGAUCAAGGAGUCCUUAUUCUCGACAUAAUUCAAAAUAUUAUAAAAAACGCAGUCCAUCAAAUACCAAAGAAAAAUAUUCAUCACAUAAUUAUUUUAUAGAAAAGAAAGCUAAUAGUAAAAGACAAAUACUAGAUAAAUUGGGUAUAGAAUUGAAAGUGCCACCUACAGGAGAUUUAUCAUGUUCCACUUCACAUGUAACACCUCAAUUGUUACUUCAACAAACUAUGGAAGCCCAAGUAGAAAAAGUUAAAACACAAACUGGAAUACAGUUACCAUCUUAUUAUAAUCCAAUAGCUGUUAAUCCCAAUAAGUAUGCUGAACAGAUUCAAAAACGUAAACUCUUAUGGGGUCAUAAACAAAAUAGUAAUCAAGAAUCUGAAACACAAGUUGUUGAAAAUCAACCAACAGCUACAAAUAGUAAUAAUACUGCAAAAAUAUGGCAAUCUACAAAGUUUGGUGACCAAGAUGGAAAAGUUACAGCUAAAUUCAAAAGACUCAUGGGUAUAAAGGAUGAUGGACAAUCUACUGAUAAUCAAGCAAAUCAACAAGGUCAAUCAAAGGAUAUUAUUAAAAAACAAGAAGAAAUGUUUCAUUCAAUGGAAAGUCAAUAUGAAGUUGCUCGUAUGGCUACGCAUACACAUCGUGGUCUUGGUCUAGGAUUUGGAACUUUUCAGCAGCGAAUUAUAAUGGCAACUCUAGAUCCGCUAGUCGUUUACAAGACAGCGGAAUUGGAAGACGAUUUAGUAGCAGAUGUAACGACUGUAAUAGAAAGUCAAACAGAUUCAUCAUCUACAAAUUUACCAUUAGGACGUUUAUUGUCCUUGGAAUUUUUCUCAACUGAAAAACCAGAAUUAAUUAAGUUAUUAAAAACAGUAACCACUUCAACGGUCAGCUCUACGGAAAAUGUAAGUUCCGUCAGUACAGAAGUUUCAGACUAUGCUGUAAAAAACUUGUUAGUGCCAAUUUGUCACCCAUCUAAUGGUAUACCUUCUGUGGAAGAAUAUUUCACAGCUAUAAAUCUGAUUGGAGUGACGAUUUUUACGCUGGGAGCAAUUUUUGUAUUUGUUAUUCUUUACCUAUACAUCGAUACUUUGAAAUACAUUAUGAAAAAUUCGCCACCUAUGGUAAAAACCCAUUCGGCGUUCAUUCUCAGUGUAUAUCCGGUGGUUGCAAUAGCUACGUACUGUGCUAUAUUAGUACCCAGGGCCCAUUUACUUGCUGAGGCGCUGACUCAAGGCAUGUUCAUGGCAUCAAUGUAUCAAUUAUUUUGCUUAUUUAUGGCUUAUUGCGGCGGUGAAGCCAACCUUAUAGCUUCAGUAAAGCCACAGUCGCUUGAUAUGCAAGUGCCACCAUGCUGUUGUUGGCCUUGUUGCUGUUGUCUUCCUAAAUUUACACUUACUAAAAAACAUCUAAGACAUUUAAGAAUGUUAGUUCUACAAUUACCUGUCGUACAAGGAUUUGUUUACAUGAUAUUAUUGGUUAUGUGGGCGGAAGAAGAGAGUUUAUAUCAAGUAAAUUACAUGUACUUACAACCGUUUAUUGUGAUGUCCAUAUUCUGUGGUAUGUGGGGAAUUUCGAUGACUUUGCGUGUAUUAGGUGAAAUGCUCAAAGAUCAUAAUGUCCAAGGUAAAUUUAUCGUGCUACAACUAGUUCUAGUUCUAGCCAAACUUCAAGGACUAGCAUUUCGUUCUAUGGUUUGGGCUGGUUGGCUACCAUGCAAGCCUCCUAUAACACCAACGGUAUAUGCCAAUUUGAUUUACAACUCGACAAUGUUAUGGGAAAUGAUGUUACUUGCUUGGCUAGCAAGGAAACUUUACAAAAAACCUUUGCCAACGGAUCAUUGUUUUGUUGAGCCACCUAAGAUAACAUGUUGUGUAGAUAUUCCAACCAAUCAAGAAAAAAACAAUAUUAUAAACUAUGGAAGAUAUAAUCAGUCUUUUGAUUUGUUUGUUUAAUUUAUUUCAACAUAUAACAUAUUAAAAUAUGUGUUAAUGAAAA